AUGACAAAUUCAUCUCGGCCAAAUACACCAUGUCAAAUGCAAAGACCAUCAUUAAUUGAAGAUGAUGACGAUUAUACUAAUAAUAAGAAUGGAAAACAAUUGCUAUCACGAAAAGCUUUUCCUUAUGCUCGACAAUGUCGUGUUGUUGUUGGUAAAUUACGUUUAUGUUGGAGUGAUGUUAAUGACGAAAUAAAAUCAUUAUUAAAACAUAAAGAAUAUACAGAAGCAGCUAUUGAACAUAUUCGAAAAGACUUAAUAAUUAAUAAAGAGAGUGUUAAAAUAUAA